CUCCACCGCUAUAUAAAUUUUCACACUAUGUGAAGAAUAACAAACCCUCACAGCACAUCUAUUAAUUAUCCUAAGAGACAAAGAAUAUAUAUAUAAAUGAAGAACUAAGACACAAUAUUUUUUUCUUAUUUUCAGAUACACAUGACUUGUUUCUGCUUUCUAGUUGAUCAGAGAAUAAUUGUUCGACGGACCAAGCCGGUGGCAGGAACCUGUUCUCGGUGUUGCAAAGGUGCAAGUGUGGCUGAUAUGAUUACACAAACAAGAUUUUGCUAUGUUCCUUUCUACUCUAGUUCUUGGAAAGCUAUUAUAUGUACUUUUUGUGGAGCUAUUCUCAAAUCUUACAGAUAAUUAUCAUCACCAAAUUAUUAUCUAGUAUUUAUUAAAACUUGUAUACACUAUAGUAGAUUCCUUCUGUAUUAAGAGAUUUGACAUGAAUUUCAUGUACUGACUUCUUGUUUUAAAUCAAGCAACACAAUGAAAAAUUAUGCAAUGAAGUGUUUUGAAAUUUGAGGAA